AUGGCUGACGAAGAAGGCGACCUCUUCAACAUCGCCAUCGACGACUCUGAUGAGGAGGAGCAUAAGCCCAGAGACUGGCAAUCAGAAGAGGACUUCCAAAAGCUUCGGGCUACGUAUCGGGUGAAGGUGCAAGACGGCGAUGUUUGGCAAACAAUAGAGCUACCGCUCAACACGGAAAAGGCCAGCAAGCCUGUGUUACAAGAGCUCCUGCAUGCUGUGGAAGAGCUCUACUUCCUACGUCGGUUCGGCGAGGCUGCGGCGUUUGCGAGGCGGGUCCUGGACGGGAGCGAGGCGGCGCUGGAUCGGGAUACCAAGGAGACGCUGGUCCGGUAUGAGGAGAAGUGCCGGGGCCGAAUGGAGAAAUGA